UUUGUGUGUAGAGUUCUCAUUAACAUUCAGAAUUUUAUAAUAUAAAAAGUCCACACUACGUGAAUGAAGAUUAUAUAAAGACGUUCCAGGCCAAUACGUAUUACGAGCAGAAAUUUAAUAUUAAGUUCGAAUCUUUUGAAACUGAUUAUAUGAGAUCAUAUGAUCAUAGGAAAUUCACUCCCCUUUCCACCCACCUUCACAAAACACAAAACUGUUCAAUAUUUAUUACAUUAGAAAGGAAAUGCUAUAAUCUAGAAUAAUACGUGUAAUUUUCCUGCUGUAACGUAUAUUUUACAAGCAGACGACGAGACGAUAUUUCGGAAGUAAUAAAUGUAAUUUCUCAACCGCCCAUUAUUUGAACAUUUACAAUUUUGUUAAAAAUGAUGACGAAAACUCUGGGAAAAUACUUGUCAUUCUUGUUUAUAGUUUGUAAUGUGAUUGUUCGAGGAGAGUUGGACAAGGAAGUUCAAGCAGACGUCCUUGCAUCGAAAGCUUUUGGAGGAUCUUCACCCAUCGAAUCUUCCUGCGAAGCAUUCAUCGACAAGUUUGCAGAAGCAGCUGCAAACUUCACACUUUGCUCCAUUCUUUUUGCAAGUCCUAUUCAAAUUUGCCAGAGUUGUAGUAAGCAAUAUUUGUUAGCAAAUGACUAUUACCAGACAAUUCUUCAUGGAUCCCCCGUUGACUGGAAAAAUCGGCCGUGCCGUGAUGCAACUCUAAAUUUAGAUAGGGUUCAUAUAGUCAAACAAACAGGAGAUUAUAUAAAUAAUUUAUGGAAUAAUUGCUUCUGUUCAAAGUGUUUUGAAAAAGCUCUAAUAACAAAAAACGGGUCUCUGGAGAUUAUUGUUAGCAAUCAUACAAAGCAUUUUCAGAAAUUAGCCGAUAAUAUGUUGACGUGUGAAUGGAAUACAACUAGUGGAAAUCUAUCAGUUUGUUCGCAUUGUAAUCAACAAUAUACGGCGUUGAACAAAUUGUAUGAGGAUUUGGCUGAGGAUACGGGAGAGAUUUGUAUGGAUAUAGUUGACGCAGUUAAUCGUACACGACAAAGGUGGAGUAAAGAUUAUAAAUGUUCCAUAAGGAAAAGAGAUCAUGUUGCAGUUAUAAUAAUCUCUGUGAUUUUUGCACUUAUACCUGUGGUUUUCUAUCCAGCUGUCUAUAUUCAUUCCAGUAAGAAGGAGACUGACCUCAAUAGACGAAAUGUAAGGCAACAAUCCAGACGAAAGCGAUUUUCAUUGUUUUAGUGAAAGAGAACAUCAAAUGACAACAGAAACUCUUGUUAGGAAUUCGCAUAGUAGCCAAUCGUAGACAACCGUUUUAUUUAUCUUCUCAUCUUUACCUUUUUUGAAAGUUUUUAUAUAGAAUAUAAUGAGAAAAUGAAAAAGAAAAAGAAAAUUUAACAAGAUAUAUUUGCUCUUUUAAUAGUCGGGAAAUAAAUUAGAGAUACUCUAUGAGAAAAAACGAAAAGGAAGGAGGAAACUAUAUAAAUUAAUUAAUCUUUCCCUUUUUCUGAGCUUUUUUGAGAAGAAAUGGACGUAGAAUUUAUUUCCUCUUGGAUAAAUCAGAAACUUUCUCUCUAUUUAUCUAUCUAUCUAUCUAUCUAUCUAUCUAUUUAUCUGUCUAUCUUAAUCUCCCUCCCUUCCGCAUAAGCUGUAUACAACCGCACAAUUUAAACGGAAAAAUAUUGAUCAAAGAUUUCUUUGAAGCUCUACAAGUCAGUAUUUUUAUUUUAAAGACGGGAUAGCAAAAAUAUCUUAAUGAGGAUAAGAGAAAAAGAGAGAUGCUUGAAACCUCUUAUUACGUCUCUACGUUCUUUCUGUCUUUUUACAAUUAAACUAUUAUUAUUGUUGACUUUUUAUAUGUUGAAAAAUUGAAGAGAAGUAAAAAAAAAUCUCUACUGCAGUCUUUUUUCUUAAUCUUUUUCCUUCUAUUUAAACAGAAUCAACUAAAAUGAUUAUUAUAUUAUAGUUUUAGAGAUUUUUUACCCAUAUUUUGAUUAGAUGCAGUAUGUGAUUAUUAAUAUAGUAUUUUACAGUACUACAAUACGAAAAUGUUGAAAAAGAACUUGUAAAGAUAUACUGUUAAAACCUUUCUUUCUCAGAGAAUAAAACCUUUAUUGAUCUAUAUUCUUCUGAUAUUAAAGGAUGAUAGAUACACUCACAUGUACACACACGGACACGCAUAAAACUCAUAACUUGUAUUCCUCAACUUGGUUUGAUUGUUUAAAGUCCAAUUUAGACUUGUUCACUAUAAAAGCCAAUAGUUAUUUAACGAAUUUCUUGCGUGUUUCUCUUCAAAUCAAUCUUCUCUGCUGAAAGAUCUUUUUGAAAGUAAAAUAUAGAGGAUUUUCUUUUUUUAU